AUGCUCAUAUCUAUCUAUCUGUCUAUCUCAGUCUGUUCAUAUCUAUCUAUCUAUCUAUCUAUCUAUCUAUCUAUCUAUCUAUCUAUCUAUCUAUCUAUCUCAGUCUGUUCAUAUCUAUCUAUCUAUCUCUCAGUCUGUUCAUAUCUAUCUAUCUAUCUCUCUAUCUAUCUAUCUAUCUAUUUCAUGUCUUUCCGAAUGCUGAUUUAUCAACUCUCCCCAUAUCUCUCCUCCCUCUCUCGCUCCCCUGCCUCUCUAUCUCUCUCUUCCUCUCUCCUCCUUUCUCUGUUACCGUGCCAUUCUGCAUUUCUUUUGCACUACUGCCCUUGGAAAAGUGGUACGACUCCUCCCCAAGCUGUUGAAGCUUUUGUUGGACAGACAUUUCGGUAUGGUAGCGAUGCUGCUGCUGCUGCUGCUGCUGCUGCUGCGUCACUGACAAUGAUCAAAGCUAAAUUCUUUUUUUUAUUUUUUCUUCUCUUGUCCCUCCCCACUUUCUCUCAUUCCCUCACCGACUUUCGUCCUCUCGAAAGUCACUCGAAAGAGUUUGACGAAAGGCUUAAAAAAAUCUAUCUCAGUCUAUUCAUAUCUAUCUAUCUAUCUAUCUAUCUAUCUAUCUAUCUAUCUAUUCAAAUAUAUAUUUAUAUAUUAUGGUCUCAAUCUAUCUAUCUAUCUAUCUAUCUAUCUAUCUAUCUAUCUAUCUAUCUAUCUAUCUAUCUCACUGUAUUCAUAUCUAUCUAUCUAUCUAUCUAUCUAUCUAUCUAUCUAUCUAUCUAUCUAUCUCAGUCUGCUGAUAUCUAUCCAUCUAUCGCAGUUUCUUCGUAUCUAUCUAUCUAUCUAUCUAUCUAUCUAUCUAUCUAUCUAUCUAUCUCAGUCUGCUCAUAUCUAUCCAUCUAUCUAUCUAUCUAUCUAUCUAUCUAUCUAUCUAUCUAUCUAUCUAACCUUUACCUUGAUUUGCUCACUGUCUAUCUGUCUCAAUUAAUUCAUUAUCUAUCUAUCUAUCUAUCUAUCUAUCUAUCUAUCUCUCUAAAAGACAAUAGGAAAACUCUAUUAUUAGCCGACGCAUUAUUUCACUCUGCAUCUAUCUAUCUCAGUCUGUUCCUAUCUAUCUAUCUAUCUAUCUAUCUAUCUAUCUAUCUAUCUAUCUAUCUAUCUAUCUAUCUAUCUCAGUCUGUUCCUAUCUAUCUAUCUAUCUAUCUAUCUACUUCACCUGCAGAUAUACGCACACGUAACUGUAUCAAAACACAUGUCUACCCACUGAGAAAAAGUCGAUGCAGUAAUAGGGCGUGGAUGUAG